AUGAAAUUAACAUCGGACAAGGAAUACGUCGAGACUGGACUUUUAAUCCUUAUUGAAGAAAAAGAAGAAGAUUCUUUGUUCCCGCACACGUUAUCUACCGGGAUACCGAAACCAGCAGUCAGCAGCAUCGCAGUACGUAAUCUACGUGUUCAGCACCGCCUGUCUGCCUAUGAACAUCGGUCAUCCAAUCUACACAAUCAAGAUCUCCAGCGCACGACGCAGUCAGCAGCACAGCAGCACGUGAACGACGUGUUCAGCACCGCCUGUCUGCCUACUAAGCUGAGAUUAACUUCCACGCGAUCAAGAUCUACUGAGCCAGCGGCCAGCAGUCAGCAGCAUUGCAGCACAGAAACACCGUGCUCAGCACCGCCUGUCUGCCUAUCAAACUGUGAGUCCGUUCCUAUCUACUUCCUAGUACAACUCCUCUUUUAUUUUGAAGUCAAUGAAGUUAGUUCCUCGAUUUGUGCU